ACCAAUUUAUGAUGUCAUAAAAUAGGAAAAAAAAGAAGAGAAAAAAAGUAAAGAGAAACGAAAAGCCCUAGUCUUCAUCUUCUUCCUCUCUCGCAACAUCAUAGCCGCCAGCACGCCCACCUUGUGUGCUCAGUUCUCCUUCUCCGGUGACUCUUCGAACCAAUGUCGACGACCACGUACCUCCGACGAUUGACUCGAGUAGACACACACGCCAACGCGCAGUUCUGUCGUCGACGACGGUCUACGUUCAUCCACGAAUCUGACUAGCGACGUUAUCGCCACUUCGAACGGCUGUGUUUCUUCUCCGUUCCGCGGGCGAACAGCAGUUUUUUAGAAACCUUUCUGACGACUGUGUGCCUUGCAGCUGCGCUUUUGGCUUGGGGGUAAGCUUUCGACUGCUACCCAGACUUCAUUUGGCUUCAAAUUAGUGUACUAUAACGUAUAGGGUCCAGAUCUGCAAGUUCGUACAUUUUCGAACACCGACCAGAAAGGUCCGGAGCCUUUUCUUAAUAUUGGGCUUGCUGUUUGUACUUUUGGGCUGACUCGGACUGAUCAAUCAGGGUCUAUGGUUUGUUAUGGUUGAUUUUGGGCCUUUAGGAAUUUGAUGUUUGUUCUAGGAAGUGAAUUUUGGAUUCAGAAUUGUAGAAUUGUAGAUUGAGGUGCUUUGCUUGAAUCCUUUCUAAAGGUGUUGAUCUAAAGAUUUCUUUUGGAAGGAGGAAACUUGAGUAUUACAUCAACUGCUGAUAUUAUUUUGAAGAGGCAAAGAUGAGUUCCAGAAUACCAUCUCAUCAGCUUAGCAAUGGCCUUUACGUAUCUGGUAGGCCUGAGCAACCUAAGGAGAGACCCCCAACGAUGAGCUCUGUAGCCAUGCCCUAUACUGGUGGAGAUAUCAAGAAAUCGGGAGAGCUAGGGAAGAUGUUUGAUAUCCCUGUAGAUGGCUCCAAGUCCAAGAAGUCAGGACCUAUUACUAGUGGCUCCUUGAGGUCUGGAUCUUUUGGAGGUGUUGCAUCUCAUUCUGGGCCUAUCAUGCCAAAUGCUACAGCUCGCACCAUGUACACCACCUCAGGUUCUUUACCUUCUCAAGGCCUUUCUGGUUCAGUUUCAUUGAAGAAGUCAAAUUCUGGACCAUUGAGCAAGCAUGGGGAACCUGUAAAGAAGUUGUCUGGUCCACAGUCUGGUGGAGUAACACCUAUCGGUCGUCAAAACUCUGGGCCUCUUCCUCCAGUACUACCUGCUACUGGCCUUAUCACAUCAGGACCCAUUUCUUCGGGGCCUCUAAAUUCUUCCGGAGCUCAACGAAAAGUUUCUGGCCCUUUAGAAUCAAUGGGAUCCAUUAAAUUACAGGGUUCUGCAGCUCAUGGUCAUGCUGUAACUACUCUUACUUAUGAUGAUGAUUAUUCAUUUGCAAAGAACUUCCCAAAGAUAGUAUUAUGGUCAUUAAUUCUUCUAUUUGUGAUGGGUUUUAUUGCUGGGGGUUUUAUUCUUGGAGCUGUCCACAAUGCAAUUCUUCUCAUAGUGGUUGUGGUUCUUUUUGCUGCUGUCGGUACACUUUUCGUUUGGAAUACUUACUGGGGUAGAAGGGCAAUUAUGGGUUUCAUUACUCGCUAUCCAGAUUCCGAACUUAGAACUGCAAAGAAUGGACAAUUUGUGAAGGUCUCUGGGGUGGUUACCUGUGGUAACGUGCCCCUUGAGUCAUCAUUCCAAAAAAUUCCAAGAUGUGUAUAUACGUCAACCAGUUUAUAUGAGUACCGUGGAUGGAGUACCAAAGCUGCUAAUCCUACUCAUCGCCGUUUUACUUGGGGGCUCAGAUCACUAGAAAGACAUGUGGUUGACUUCUACAUCUCCGAUUUUCAAUCUGGAUUAAGAGCAUUGGUUAAGACUGGUUAUGGAGCCAGGGUGACUCCUUAUGUCGAUGAUCCAAUUGUUAUUGAUGUUAAUCCAUUAAACGAAGAAUUAUCUCCCAACUUCAUCAGGUGGUUAGGAGAAAGAAAUCUUUCAAGUGAUGGUCGAGUCAUGCAUUUAAAAGAAGGAUAUAUCAAGGAAGGAAGCACUGUUAGUGUAAUGGGUGUUGUUCAGAGAAACGAAAAUGUGCUAAUGAUUGUCCCUCCGCCUGAUCCAAUUGCAAGUGGCUGUGAGUGGAGCAAGUGUAUUUUUCCAGCUAGUAUUGAAGGUAUUGUUUUGCAAUGUGAAGACACGUCAAAGAACGAUGUGAUACCAGUUUAGUAUCAUGAACUUGGUCCACGUAAGAUCUUUCCUGAUUUAAUAUUUGGGUUUGGUAGUAGGUAGUAAGUAGGUAGGUUAGAACUGAUGAAUUGACAGAGAUUGCGGAUGGUAGUUAAAGGGGGAUGGGGGAUGGGGAUGGGGUGGUGUUGUUUUUAGUUUUUUGAUGUAUAGUUUUUCUGAGAGUUUCUUUUCCAAUGUUUUUGGUGGAGAGAAAGAGGAAUGAGAAAGCUUCUUGUAAUAGGGAAUGGGGUUUGUUUGGUGCUGUGGAGAAUUCAAAACCAGUUAAAACGCAGAUUUGACAACUUAAUGUUAAAUAGAAUGAAUGAAAGUGUACGUGUUUUUCGUUGUAA